AUGGCUUCGAGCAUUCACCCCGUCUUUCGCCACGGAGCAACAGCUCUCAUCACCGGAGCUGCUUCUGGCAUUGGGCAAACAACCGCCCAACUAUGCUAUUCGCGCGGCAUGAACCUUAUAUUGGUCGACAACAAUGAGACAAGCCUCGCUCAAACGAUCAACCAGUUCCCGGCGACCAAAUCUAUCAAGACAACGUCCCAUGUAAUGGACGUAUCCUCAAUUCCUGCCUGGCAGGACCUAGCCCAACAAGUGAAAGACACCCACCCCGACGGAAUCGACUUCUUGAUGUUGAACGCCGGCGCGGGUCUCAAGCCCGCAGAAGGAACAAGCCAUUGGGAAGAUCCGAAUUACUUUGAGAAAACAUUCGCGAUAAACACCCUCGGUUAUACAAAUGGACUUGCAUCAUUUCUUGGAAGCGUCACAGCCGCAAAGGACAGCCCACGUGCAAUUGUGAUGACAGGCUCAAAGCAAGGGAUUACCAACCCACCAAGCAACCCCGCAUACAAUGCCUCCAAGGCAGCCGUGCGGAGUAUCGCUGAGCACCUGUCCUUUGAUCUGGCUUCGGCCGCGCCAAAUGUUAGUGUCCAUUUGCUCAUUCCGGGUUGGACGUAUACUGGUUUCCAGACGAAGUUCUUCAAAGAGAAGCCGGAUGGUGCUUGGACCUCUCAGCAGGUUGUUGAUUUCAUGGAUCGGAAGAUGGCAGAGAAUGUGUUCUAUGUCCUAUGUCCUGAUAAUGAGGUCACCGAGGACUUGGAUAAGCGCAGGAUCCGUUGGGCCAACGAUGAUAUUGUCUAUGGACGGCCGCCGUUGACGAGGUGGAGAGAGGAAUGGAAGGAUACCGCCAAGCAAGACAUAGCGAACCUGCAGCUUUGA